AUGACUCUGCUCCUCUCGUCGUUGGCCCUGGUGCUUCUGGACCUGCACCUGUCCAUGGGGGCCAUGGACUCCUGCUACGACACAGAAGGGCGCCCUCAGCGCUGCAUGCCCAUCUUUGAGAACACCGCGUUCGGGAGGCCAGCUCAGGUGUCAAACACUUGUGGCUCCCCACCAGAGGAUUUCUGCCUCCAGAUGGGCACCAGGGACUCCACCUCUCUGUGCCACCGCUGCGACGCCAGCGACGCGGCGCUCCACCACAAUGCCACCUACCUGACAGACUUCCACAGCCAGGAGGAACCCACCUGGUGGCAAAGCCAGUCUAUGGCCUUCGGGGUUCAGUACCCCAAUUCUGUCAACAUCACCCUCCGCUUGGGAAAAUCCUAUGAAAUCACCUACGUGAGGUUGAAAUUUCACACCAGCCGCCCAGAAAGUUUUGCCAUCUAUAAGCGGAGCCGAGCCGACGGCCCCUGGAUCCCAUACCAAUACUACAGUGCUUCGUGCAGGAAGACCUACGGCAGACCAGAGCGCCAGUUCCUUCGGCCUGGGGAAGAUGAACAGGUGGCCUUCUGCACGGAUGAGUUCAGUGACAUCUCCCCCCUGAGUGGGGGCAACGUGGCCUUCUCCACCCUAGAAGGCCGGCCGAGUGCCUACAGUUUCGACCAGAGCUCUGCUCUCCAGGAAUGGGUGACCAGCACGGAUCUUCUCAUCUCUCUGAACCGGCUCAACACUUUUGGGGAUGACAUCUUCAAGGACCCCCAUGUUCUGCAGUCGUACUACUAUGCCAUCUCGGACUUCUCUGUGGGGGGCAGGUGCAAGUGUAAUGGCCACGCCAGCGAAUGCAUCCCAAAUGAAGACGAUCAGCUGGUGUGUCUCUGCCAACACAACACCACCGGGGCAGACUGCGACUCCUGCCAGCCAUUCUAUCAGGACCGCCCCUGGGCUCGAGGCACUGCCGAGUCGGCCAACGAGUGCCUCCCGUGCAACUGCAGCGGCCGCUCAGAGGAGUGCCACUACGACUGGGAGCUGUACCGGCGCACGGGGCACGGCGGCCACUGCCGGAACUGCCGGGAUCACACAGCUGGGCCGCACUGCGAGCGCUGCCGCCAGAACUACUACCGCUGGGAUGUCCGGACAGCCUGCCAGCCGUGCAACUGCAACCCGGCAGGUUCCUUGAACCCCCAGUGUGACAGCACCGGGACGUGCGCGUGCAAAGCCACAGUGACGGGGUGGAAGUGCGAGCGCUGCCAAGACGGAUUCCACUCCUUCAGCGAGGGCGGCUGCAGACCUUGUGCUUGCGAUCCAGCUGGCAGUGUGGGAACGUGUGACCCUAAUACAGGGCACUGCGCAUGCAAAGAGAAGGUGGAAGGAUACCUGUGUAACAGGUGCCAACCUGGCAGCUUCAACCUGCAGCUCCACCACCCCUCAGGCUGCACCAGCUGCUUCUGCUACGGCCAUUCCAGAGCAUGCACAGCAGCUACAGGAUAUGGGGUCCAUGAGAUCAUCUCCGACUUCAGUCAAGAGAUGUUUCUGCAUGACCAGCGCCUCAGCUACGGACAGCUCCUCUCCGUGAUUGUCCGCACGGAACCCACAGUGGCAGACACACCUGCUCAUCCCAUCUGGCUGGUUUUGGAGGGGGGCGGCCUUUCCAUGUCUGCAAAGUUCCUGAACUCAGGAGGGGACAGAAAUGGCAGCAACUGUGAAGAACACACAAUGUCAUUCAGGCUUCACGAGGCAGAGGAAGGGAUACAGCCUAUGCUGUCAGCUUUCCAGUUCCAGCGCCUGCUCUCCAACACGACGGUGCUUCGGAUCCGGGUUGAAGGCAGAAUUUCCUUAAAGGAGGUCCGACUCACAUCUGCUCUUCCAGGCCUUUCCCCACCUGCCCUGUGGGUAGAAGAAUGCAUUUGCCCCCAAGGGUAUGUGGGGCAGUUCUGUGAGUCAUGUGCCCCUGGCUUCAAGCGGGAGGCCCCCUUGGGGGGGCCCUUGACCAGCUGUGUCCCCUGCACCUGCAACCAGCAUGGCAGCUGUGACCCUGACACAGGCCUCUGCCGAUGCCUGGACCACACCGAGGGAGCCUCCUGUGAGCGAUGCAUUGCUGGCUUCUAUGGCAGCCCCUUCAUAGGCCGCCCGGACGACUGCAAGCCGUGCCCUUGUCCCGGGCAGUCCCCUUGCACGGCCAUGCCUGAGAGCGGGGAGGUGGUCUGCACGCAGUGCCCCCCGGGGCAGAGAGGGCGACUCUGUGAGCUGUGUGAUGAUGGCUUUUUCGGGGACCCCCUCGGACGCAAUGGACCGGACCGGCUUUGCAGACCCUGUGAAUGCAACAACAACGUGGACCUCAACUCCGUGGGCAACUGUGACCCCGUUUCAGGCCGGUGUCUGCGCUGCCUGUACCACACCUCAGGCGACCGCUGCGAGAAGUGCCAGGAGGGCUUCUACGGGAAUCCAUUAGCUGCCGACCCUGCGGCAAAGUGCGCACCCUGCAAGUGCGAUGCUGGAGGCUCUGCCCAGGGGCCGGACACGUGCCACGGCAUUUCCGGUCAAUGCGUCUGCCUCCCAAAUGUGACGGGCCGGGACUGCAGCCGCUGCCAAGAGGGCUACUUCGACCUGCAGCCAGGAAGAGGCUGCCAAAGCUGUCAAUGCCACCCAGUGGGAGCCCAACACAACCUCUGUCACCUGCUCACGGGGCAAUGUGCCUGCCAUCCGGGCGUGGAAGGAGUGUCAUGUGAUCGGUGCCGGGCUGGUUUCUUCGGUUUCUCCUUCCCAAGAAAGGAAGAAGAAGGUAGCGUUGACGUUACCUUCCAAGGCUGUCAAGCUUGUCACUGCUCCCAGCCGGGUUCUCUCUCCCUCCAGUGCCGGGAGAACGGCACCUGUGUGUGUCAGAAGGGCUUUGUGGGUCAAAGGUGCGAUCAGUGCGAAGCAAACUACUUCUACGACCCUGGGAGCAAACAGUGCCAGGAGUGUCCUCUCUGUUACAGCCUCGUGAAGGAGGAGGCAGACAGGCUGACGGUGAAGCUGGCCGAAAUGGAGCCACAGCUGCAGAAGCCCAGCCGCAGCAGGCCAGCGGCUUGGGAGGGGCAGGCCGUCCUUGGGGAGGCAUCGCGAGGAGACAGCUACCUGCAGAAAGGUGCCCAGGCGGCUUUCGUGGGCAAGAUCGGCGAGCUCGAUCAGUCAGUCCAUGAUGCGCAGCGCCGGCUGAGGAGCACUAGCGGAAUGCUUGGCUGUGCUGGCCACGGGGCCACAAAAGUCUGCGCCCUCCUCUUGGACAUCCAGUCUGCCCUGCAGUCCACGCAGCGAGAAAUCCGUCUGGCUGCCGAAACGCUGGCCACAAUGGAGCUUCCUCCCGAAAUUUCAUACCAGCUGACAAACUGGAGCAGACGGGCGCUGGAGGCCAGGGGGCUGGCCCUCAGGUACCGGGAAAUCCAGAGCGCACAGGAGGAGCUGGGCACUAAGAUGGAAGAGGCCUUGGCCCAAGCCAAGCGGACCUUCGACUCCGUCCGUCAGAUGAACAAGGCCAUAGCAAAAGGCCUCUCGGAGCUCUCCACCUUGGAUGUGCGCCCCCUGGCGAAGCAAAGGGGAAAUCUUAACCAGGCUGCCUCGGAGCUGGAGCAGCUCGUCCAGCGACAGUUCUUCGAGCUCUCCGACAGAUCGCUCGCUGUCCGGGCUGGCCUACAGGGAGUGCUUGCAAGCAUGCAAGACCUGGAACAGCUUUGGCAGAGAACCAGCGAUGCCCACAAGUUGGCCGUGUCAUCACUCUCUAAGGGGGAAGCAGCAGUCUCCGAAGCAAAGUCUUUGCUGAGCAACUGGAAUGGGAUGAAGAGGCUGGCGACUCACCCCAAGGGCCAGUCCUCCUUGACCCGGAAAAUGGCUGUUGUGCAGGGCAGAACCCUGCCGGACGCCCAGAGGAAGGUCAGGCUCGCACGGAGGGUACUGGGCAGCUCUGUCUCGGUCGCCGCCAAGGCCCAGAAAACUGCUGCACACGGAGAGUCAGUGGCCCGGGAAGGUGCAAAGGCAGCUGAGGAUAUGCUGCGGGAUACCAAGCGGGAGAAGACACGUGCAAGGAAACUUCAGACUCAGGUGGCUCUGACUUUGGCAGAAACCUCCAGGCGAGAGCAAGAGGCCCAAGAACUCAGCAGCAAGUUUGCAAAGACCGGAGUGGUUUCGCUGGACAUGCAUCAUCUGAACAAGAGCCUCCAAGAGACCCGGAGCUCCCUGCAGGCCGAGAUUGCGGGCCUGAACGAGCUACUCGCCAGCCUGGGCAACCUGGACUACACUGCUCCCCUGGAGGCUGUACUGGAUGCCGGCCAAAUCCAGCUGCAGCAUUUGCAGCUGCACCUUUCCGGGUCUAGCAACCUCGGGCAGAAGCUGAGCGCCCUGCAGAAGGAGGCUGAGGACCAGCAGCAACGCAUCGAGGCCUUUGAGAGAGACUUGGAAGAAAUCCGGGGUGACAAGCGAAACCUGGAAACCAUUCUCCAGAGCUUGCCCAGCAGUUGCGCGAGCUGGAAGUAA